UUACACCGACAAUGAAAAUCCCGAAUUAAAAAUAUCUCGAUAGAAAAUUUUUGCAACAUAUGCAUAAGUAAAAGAACGUGGACUAUUUCACGUGAUAUCGUAUCUAGAAAAUGCAAGAAAUAAACUGGACCAUCAUAAGUAAUUGAUGUUUCAAACUCCAUUUUUAUCACUUGUGGUAAAAUAUAUGGUUAAAUUUCCUGUGUUUAUUUAAAUGUUGUUAACUGAUAUGCAGAAUUUUACCAAACAUUUUUCUUUUUGAUCAUAACCUGCCUAAAUGACUAGGGAAUAAGUAAAUUUAUUAGUUCUCGAAAAUGAUCAACGCCGAUUCGGAUAAUGAUUUGGGUGCAGCAAGAAAAUGCUAUGACAAUCCAGUAUGUAACGAUAUCAAAGGGUUAGAGCCUCUUCCAGUGACUAUUAAUCCGACGAGAAAAAAUGAAAUUCUCAAUACUGCAAAAGAGAAACAAAAUUCUGAACAAUCACUAUUUCAGUACCGCUAUAUUGUAACACUUUUUGGAUUCUUCAUGUAUUGCGAAUUAGAUUGUUACAGAAUAGCGACCAGCAUGAGCGUUGUAAAAAUGGUGAACAACACGGCUGUCAACAUUAGGGAGAGUUUCAACAGCACUAUUGAUUCCUGUCCAUUAGAUGAUUUGACCUUUGAAGAAUUUCUAGAACCAGAUGAAGAAGGAGAAUUUGACUGGAGUCCUGAAAUCCAAGGCUAUAUAUUGAGUGCGGGUUUCCUCGGCUAUUUUGUAACUCAGAUACCGGGUGGAUUAUUAUCUCAAGCUUAUGGAGCAAAAAAUGUAUUUUUAGGUGGAGUUCUUUUAGCAUCAUUGGCUCAUUUGUUAUCUCCUUUUGCUGCCUGGGGCAGCUGCUAUUUGAUGAUAUUGAUUCAAUUCCUAAGGGGAAUAGGACAGGGUUUUCAUUCACCUGCCAAUUCUGUUAUCGCUGCUAAAUGGUUUCCCCGACACGAGAGAGGAUUUCUUAAUUCUUUGAUUUUUUCAGGCGGUGGCGUGGGAUCUUUCAUAACUUCCGUAACAUCCGGUGCUUUGUGUUCUUCAAAUUUAUUCGGUGGCUGGCAGUCGGUCUAUUUUAUUUAUGGAGGAUUAGGUUUAGUAUUUAGUCUUUGUAUUCAUCUGUUUUUAUACGAGUCACCUAAAGAUCACCCACGAAUAGGAAUGGAAGAAUUAAAGUACAUUUUAGAAAAUCAAGAAAGCGAUUUAUCUCAAAAACCGCCUCCAACGCCUUGGAAAGAAAUGCUCACAUCUGUUCCAGUAUAUAUGAUGACUUAUUCUGUUUUCUCACAUUUCUGGACAACAACUCAUCAAAUGUCAGAGCACCCAACUUUUCUUGGCAACAUUUUGCAUUUCCCUAUUAAAGAGAAUGGUAUUUUAAACUCUAUUCCAUUUGGAUUUCAAAUAAUAUUGAUAUUUCUUGGUGGCUGGAUAUCUAAAUGGCUGAAUACACACGGCUAUGUCGGAGUAGAUAAGGCUAGGAAAGGAUGUACAAUGCUUUAUUCUUUGGGGUAUUCAUUAGCUCUAUUGGGAAUGUAUUUUGCAGAAUGCGACAGACUGUGGAGCAACGUUUGCUCAAUCAUUGCAUUUAGCUUCGUGGGACUUUCUCUUCCGGGCUGUGUGAUUGUUCCUUCCGAUAUGUCACCCACAUUUGCAGGGAGUCUUUUCGCAGUUUCCACCACCAUUGCAAGCACUGCAUCUUUUAUAUUCCCUCUUAUCGUUGGUGCGAUGAUCGAAGUGGAGGAAUCUCUGGAACAAUGGAAUAAAAUUUUUCUAUUAUGUAUUGCAGUCGUGAUGAGUUCUGCAGUAUUAUUUUGGUUUUUCGGAUCUGCAGAUGUACAGCCGUGGAACUUCCCAUCCAUCGAGGACAGUGACAAUAAUCGACCGAAAGAGGAAGCUCUGAAAAGUGGAAGCAAAGAAUGUGUGCUAUCAAAAGAUAUUUCUAUACAUCUUUAAUUAAGCUGUGAAAUAAUCUGAAGCGACUAGUUGUAUGAUUUGAAUUGUCACAAGAAGAUUUUAUCAACUAGAACGAAGAAAAUCUGGAGUUUCAUCUGUGUAUUUCAUAAGAUUUGACGAAAAGAGCACUUACCAAUACAUGGAAAUUGAAAUUUUCAUUGCUUAUACUUUAUGAAAUUUCCUUGUAUGGAGUAGAAUAAAAUUUAUAUAACAGA